AUGAUACCUAAACUGAAGGAGGAGGCUAAGGAAGAACUCAUGGAGAAGAUGAAGGCGAAACAGCCAGUUUCAGAGAUGCUGGAAAAGCUGAGAGAUGGGGAGGCCGCCCAAAUCUCGCAGAAGGAGCCGUUUACGGCGUUGGAGAUGAGUGCACAAGAGGUAGAGGCCGCCGACGUCAUAUGGUCUCGAACUCGGGAUUACGACUUGAUCUUCGCGGUUUCGAAUGAGGACAGUAUCCUCAGCAAUGAAAUGAUGGAGUUGCGCAAAACCAUCGAAGCAGUUGGGCAGGAGGCCGACAAGGCUAACAAGGCAAGCAAAAAGGCUCAGAAGAGGGCCAGGAACAAGAAAAAAGGCAAGGCUGAGAAUACGGGAGAGGAGAGGAGCUCCGGGGAGGUACAGAAGGACGAAACAGCUCAGGCGGCGGAGGAAGCAAAGAAGAAGGUGGUGGACGACGUUCAGCAAAUGCAAGCCGAGUCAAGCGGCGGAUGGGUUAAAAAGGCAUUGGGAGCCGCUGUCGGGACAUUCAUUGCCCUGGGGGGUUCAGCAUUCUUAACCAGCGCCGCCAGCGCCGGGGCCAGCACUGCGGGCGGCGCCGGGGCCGGAAUUGGAUUGGGUGCCGGACUGGGCACGAGCUCGGGACUCGGGGAGGGCUCCUCGCUCAGCGCGGAAAGGGCAUUUUUCCUGCCCCCGGCGGAUGCAAUCAGCGUCUACUCGGCCGAGGUCGAGGCGUACGUCGACUAUCUCAUGUCCCGGGAACUCGCCAAGACGGUGGCGCAGACAUCGAUCCGGGCAGAGGCACAGGUGGCAGAGGCCGAGUUGGUCGGCCCGCUGAUGCGGCGGGGAUUGGUGACGGUGCAAAGGCGAUCCAGCGAUGCCGACCUGGGGUUCAAAAGGGCGGCGUUGCGGCCGUUUGUGGUGCGUGCUGUCAAGGUCGCCAUGGAGCAGGCCAUGGAGAGUUCUCGCAGGCACAUGGAGCUGUGA